AUGAGGUUCAGCCGGUCAAGCCGAAAAAACCCAGCCCAAACAAAUCCUCUCCCCAGUCUCGACGGACAACUAACCCAGAUCAGGUCUCGCAGGCUGCUCGUCUUCGUCCUCGCGCCAGCGCCGCCACCGCUGCGGAGCGCCCCAGCCCCCUAGCUCGUUUUGCUCCACCGCAGACACGGCAGAAUUUUCCAGAGUAAGCUGUUGGCCUGCACGAGUAGCAGAUGGCGAGAAUAAAGCCAAAGCAGUUGCUAAUUCAAAGCAAGACAAAGAAGGGCCCGACUCGAAUCAGUUACUCUAGUAUCAUCACUUGGAAUCUGAUCGUCGUCUUGGUUGUGCUAUCUCUCUAUGCAACUUACAGGCAUUGGCAUCACAGGCCGAGCUUUGAUACUGAAAUGGAUCUUCCCCAGGCUGAGAAUGUAGAAAGAUCUGAGGAUUCAGCAAAACUAAGUACACCAAGAUAUGCAAUAAUGGAGACAGCGAAAGGCUCAAUUACUAUAGAAAUAUACAAGGAUGCUUCUGCUGGUGUUGUGGAGAGAUUUAUCAACUUCUGCAAGAGUGAUUAUUUUAAAGGAAUGCCAUUCCGCCAUGUCAUAAAAAACUUUGUAAUUCAAGGAGGUGAUUUCGAUUUCAAUGGAGCUUCCCAAGAAUGGAUACUGAAAGCCAAAGCGAGUGGAGAAAAUGCUCUCAGCCCAAAGCAUGAAGCAUUCAUGAUUGGGACUACAAAGAAUCCCAACGAUAAAGGAUUUGAUAUAUUUAUCACGACUGCUCCAAUUCCUGACUUGAAUGACAAGAUCGUUGUGUUUGGACGAGUUAUAAAAGGACAAGACAUUGUUCAGGAGAUUGAAGAAAUCGAUACUGAUGACCAUUACCAACCGAAAACCCCUAUAGGCAUCAUUAACAUCAUGCUCAGACAGAAGCUUUGAGCUGAUCCACCUGCCUGUCCUUGUAUCAAUUGUGAUCUGUUUGUACUCUUAAGAAGGCUCAAAGAUCUCAAGUUUUUAUUGUAUUGACUACAUGCGGACACGAUGCAGCACUCCAGAUGCCCAUGGAUGGGUUGCAACUUUGCAAAGGAAGCACUUGUGAACCCGCCUAUCGCUUUGUUCCAGUUCAUACAGCAGUUGUGUAUAAAUUUAUUCCGUCACGUUGUCUAGCUGCAGUUAUUUUCAGGCGUGUUGGGUGUGUUAUUUGAAUGUAAAGUUCAACCCCUUUAUAAAACAUGAAUAUGGCAGUGAGCAUAUCUAACAUGUGGUGAGGAACACGAGACAUGAGUUUAGGAUGGUUAUGGCGCUAGAAACUUGUGUCAUAUUCUACCCUGAAACUUCUAGAAAUGCAAUAUGAAUGUCAUCAUGGUGGAUGUGA